GGGGCCCCGACGAUUCCAUCUCGACACACGACCCAACCUUCAUCCCGAUCGCCAACGAUCCUUCGCAAACGAGCGUAAUCUGCACGCGCGCGAAAAAAAGAGAGAGAGGGAAGACAGACAGGGAGAGAGAAAGAGAAGGGACAGAACUCCCCCGCGUUAUUUCGUUCUCCGAUCGAUCGCGCUGAUCGAUAGUUUACGCGAACCGGUGAGAGCCGACCCGAGGGACAAGAGCAAGAGAAGCCGAAGAAGAGCAAAGGAAGCCGUGCCCGACGCCAACUCGUCUAGCAAAAAGUUACUCGCUUACGGAGAAAAGAAAAAGACAUAUCACGAUGAUAAAGUUCGCCGUAAUUACAAUGGUGUGCCUCUUGGGGCUGAAGAUGGUUGCAACCAUGCCGGUGGCCGAUCACCAGGCGGGCCACGAGCCGCUACCGGUCGUGUCUGUCGAGGAGAAGAUCCCGGCGGAGACUGCCCUGAAAGCGGCGGAUGCUGUGCAGAGUAACGCACCUGCGGAAUCUGCGGCGGAGAUUAAGCCGACCGAGCCGUCCGCCGCGGUCGUCGCGUCUGCCAAGAGCUCCGAGGAAGCCAAGCCAAUCGAGACGAAGAAAGAGCCAGAACAGCCGAAAGCGGUGAUCCAGGAAGUCCAGGUACAGCCCAAGUCAUCCGAAGAGCAAAUCGAUUCCGUGGAGAAAGAGGAGCCGAAGGUGUUGGCCGCCGAGGCCGAGAAGCAGGAGCACGAGUCCUUGAAGGGGGCCGCUUCCGAGGCCAAAGAGUCGGUGCAGCCCGCGCCGCAGCCGGCCGAGGUUCCAGCCGAGAAAGCAGAGGAACAACCAGCCGUUCAAGGCAAGAAUGCGGAGCCAGCGGAACCCGCGACCGAGAAGCCUGUUAUUGCGGCCAUCGAGAAGCGCGCUGACGACGCCGUCGCCGAGAUCGUCAAGGAAGAACUGAAGGAGGAAAAGAAAUUAGAAGAACCUUUGGCAACCCCGUCAAUCCCGAAGAAAGAGGAAAUUCCAGAAAUUCCCGCGACCCCUGCCACUGAGGAGAAGAAGAUCGAGGCGACCGAACAGCCGAAGGAAUCCACGAUUCAGUCGCUCGCCAAGAUCGAGGAGAAGCCCGACCGCGUAACCCGCGAGACCGUCGGAAUUGCCAACGUCGCGGAAGGAACGCAAAACGUCCCGGCUGUCCCGGUCGUCCCCGCCGUCCCGGUCGUUCCCGCCGCCCAGGAAUCAGCCCAGCCGUUGGAGAAAUCCGGACCUGUCGAGACCGAACAGAUCGCAGCGGAUAUCGCGCCCUCAUCCGAAGAACAUAUACUCACCAAGAGCGAACAACCAGAAACGGUACCUGUCGAACAACCGGCCGUCAGAGCUCAGAAUCCGAGCGAGGAAACAAUAGCCGAGGAGGAGCCUGAGAAAGAACCGAAGAGCGCCGAGGCUCCCGUCCAGCAAGUGAAGGCGGUCAACGAACAGCAGCCGGCGGCACAGUCUCAGGAGUCCAGUCAAAUCAAGCGAGGCGCAGCGGAGACAGUCCUCGAACAGCCUCAGGCCAAGUCGGAGCUUCCGCUUGCUGAGAAGUCGCAACCGGAGCAACAGCCUGCUCAACAACCUGCUCAACAGCCAGUUCAGGAAGGCGCUAAAGAGCCGAAGGAGCGUUCCAACGAAUCUUCCGAAGAGAAGCCCAGCGAGGAUAGCAAGGAGACCAAGAGCAGCGAGGAGUCCUCCGAGGAACAGAAGGAACAGAAGGACAAGUCCAAGUUGGCGGAAUUGCUCCCGAAGCCCGAGCAAUAAAUUUUGGCGCGAGGAGGGUUUGAUCGACGAGUAACCUCAGCAGCGCGGCAGCAAUAGAAGCAGCAGCAGUACCAUCUCGAGGAAGAGGAGGACUGCUCCUCUUAAGGAUCGGGUCGAGCUCAUGCAUCGGCGUCUCUACGAGACGCAUGCACGAGUUUGCCGCGAUACGACAGAUGCGAAAGCAAGCGAUAGAAUGUAUGUGUGUGUGUGUCUGAAAGCGAGCAAGAGCGCAAGAAUGCAAACGUCGAAAUGUCAGAAUAAGAAGCAUGUAACGAUGAGCCCAGAAAAUGUAAAAGUAUCAGCGCAGCGUGAAUGAGAGAAAGAGAGAGAAAGCGCGAAGGAACGACCCCAUCGACCCGAUCAAUCUUUCUAGGGUAGGGUUGUCCGAUUUUCACGGCGCACUACGAUCUCGGUAGCGCAUCUCCGGGGACGAUCGCGUGUUGCCGGAUACUGUCGGCGGCAUCGCCCACGGGUGGAACGACACUCGUAUCGAUUGUUAUUUCAUCGAUACGCACGUGAUCGACGCUCGAUCUCGGUAAUCCCGACGACCGUGAUGGAGAACACACGAUGAUCCCCCUCCCCCUCGCCUCACCCCGGAAUGCGACUCGGCCUGGCACCGAGUGGCGUUCCCGUUCGUCCUGGCGGACACCGCGAUCUGUCCGCGAGGACGAACCCAGGGUCCCCUCCCGAUCGAUAUCUGUCAUCCCCCUAUGGAAUCCCCC